AUGAAUAGUCAAAAAAGAGAUAGAGAACAAAUAGAGGACAAUGAAAUAAUUACCAAAAAAUUAGAUACCGAAGAAAAAGAAUUUAAACCCCCACCACUUUUAAGUAAACAUAAUAAUAACGAUAACGAAAAUGAUAAUAGGUCAAAUAAUAUUAAUAAAAUAGGUUCCUUUUCAAUAUCUAAACCCUCAGCAAAAACUUUAGCAAAACCAUCUGGUAUAUCAUUUAGUUUUGAAGAAGAUGAAAAAAAAGAAAUAGAAAAAAAAGAAAAAGAACAAAAAGAACAAAAAGAAAAGGAACAAAAAGAAAAGGAAAAUAAAGAGAUAAAUAAUAAUAAUAAUAAUAAUAAUAAUAAUAUCAAUGAUAAUAUAAAACCUACAGGACCUAUAAAAUCAAAUAAUAGUCAUAGUAUUGUUGGUCCGCCAAGACCUGUGGGUCCGGUUAGACCAUCAGCAAAUAAAGACGAUACAUCCGAAUCUGAUGAUUCGAGCAGUGAGGAUGAAAAUAAUAGCAAUAAUAAUAGUAAUAUAGUUGGACCACCAAGACCGGUUGGACCACCAAGACCAUCAGCUAAUAAAGAUUCUUCAGAUUCAGAUUCAGAUUCAGAUUCAGAUUCAGAUUCAGAUUCAGAUUCAGAUUCAGACUCAGAUUCAGAUAGUGACAGUGAUUCAUCAGAUGAAGAAAAAGAAGAAAUUGAAAGAUGGAAACAAUUGGUUGGAUCAUUACCCAUUUCACAUGAAGUUGUUAUCAAAGGGCAUCACAGACCAGUUUCAGCAAUUACAUUAGACCCAAAUGGUGGUAGAAUGUUAACAGGUUCAUAUGAUGGUAAAGUGAAGUUUUGGGAUUUUAACGGAAUGGAUCAAUCAUUACGUUCAUUUAGAGAGAUUGAACCAGUUGAGGGUAAUCAAGUAAGAGCAGCUCAUUUUAAUAACACAGGUGAUCAAUUUAUGGUUGUACCAUAUACAACUCAAAUUAGAUUCUAUGAUCGUGAUGGCCAUUUCAAGGAAGAGUCGAUUAGUGGUGAUAGAUUCAUUCAAGAUUUGUAUCAUACUAAAGGUCAUGUUUCAACCUUAACUGGCUCAUGUUGGCAUCCAAGCGAGAAAGAAGAAAUGAUUUCAUCCUCAAUUGAUGGAACGAUUAGGGUAUGGGAUAUAAACUCUGUCACAACUAAAAACAAAAAUGUAAUUAAAUCAAGAACAUCAAGGGGUACAAGAAUUGGUGUAACAAGUUGUGUCUAUGAUCAGCGUGGUGAUAUAAUUACAGGUGGUUUGGCUGAUGGCUCUAUUUCAAUGUGGGAUAAAAGAUCAAGCUUAUUAAAACCAAAGUCGCAGUGGGCUGAUGCACAUUUGCCUGGUCACGAGGUUGUAUCGAUUCAAUACAACAGAGAUUGCUUUUCAAUGAUUUCAAGAUCAAUGGACCAUAGUUUAAAAGUUUGGGAUCUCAGAAACACCGCUGCACCAACCGCAGUUUGGGACGAUCUUCAAUGCGACUAUUUAGAAACAAACUGUAUUUUUGGUUCAUUCGACCGUGUAAUUGUAACAGGUACAAGCUCAGCCAAAGGUGGUUUUGGUACAAUUGUAAUGUACGAUUUAACAAGUUUAACAAAAAUGAGACAAAUCAGAGUAGAUACAGACGUCAGCGUUAUAAACUGCAACUGGAAUGAAAAGUUGAACCAAGUUUUCUUUGGUUGUUCCGAUGGAAAUACCAGAGGUUUCUACGAUCCAUCACUCAGCAACAAUGGUCUUAAAUUAUGUGCCAACAAAAUUAAAAGAGUUAAAAAUAUUUCAGACUACGAACCUAUCGACAGACCAAUCAUCACACCUAAUUCUCUUCCAUUAUUUAGAACCAACAAUCCUAAAAAAGAUAAAUCAAAGAAAAGCAAACCUGAACAACAAGCCGAAAAAACCUCUGCCAAAGGUCCAAACCUUACUCAACAUUUAAUUAAAAACACAGGCUUAACAAACAAUACCUCAUGGAAAGAGGAUGCAAGAGAUUCCUUCAUCAGGGUUGCAAAAGAUAUUGAAGAAGAAAAGGAAAAGAAAAGACAACAAGAACUUCAACAAAAUAAAAAAUAACUUUAAUUCAUUUUCCCCUUACCC